CGUAGAUGCUUAAAUACUCCUUAUGAUUCACAGAGCAGAAAGCAGGUGUAUUGAUAACGUUUUUUAAAACUUCUGAAGAUAAGGAUUUCAGCCAAUCGUUUAAAAUUAAGAGGUUAUAUCCCUAAAGCAAGCUGGAAUUAAUAAAUGCACUCCUUACUCGUGCAUACAGUAUGUCUGAUGUUUGGCUGUUGUAUCUGGGAAUGUGUUUGUGGUUGUGGACAAUUGCCCCCGCCAUUGAUUUCUGGGUGUCCAAAACUACAGAGCCAGCAGACCUGAGAGGCCUUAGAGGAAUACCUCAUAAAUCUAUAGGCCCAUGCUAGUUUUUCACUCUGGUGAGAAAGAGGGAGGACAUGGGACGGGAGAGACGAGGAGGGAGAGAGUGACCAAGAAAACUCCAAAGAACACAGACACAACAGUCUUCUAUCAAACCAGGGAGUCAAAUGGAUCUGACGUUCAUCUGCGAUGCAUCAAAUCAUUUACGGAGGUACAGAGGAGCAGCAGUGAGGCACUAACACGGAUUGUUUGGAUAAUGCAAAUGAGCUUUACUACAUAGGUGUCUAUAUACCGGUAGAAAUCUAGAAGAGAGACAAGACACAUUUUGACUGAAUAUAGUACAGCUGUGGAUUCAACCCUACUUGAUCCAAUCCAAGAAGAAAACAACCAAAACUGGAUAUGUACUGUAGUCACACGAGUGGACACAGAUUUCUUUUUUUCAUGUAUUGAAAGUGACAUAAUUAAUCCCCAUAGGGAGACUCUUCCUGGAAAUGUCAGCAACUGAAGCCUCGCUCAAGCACACCUCGGCACUGCAGGAGUUUGCCAUCAGAGACUUUGAACGCAGUUCACCAAGUUGAAAGGCAGUGUCCUUACUCACCCUGUGCCACCCUGAUUUUGGAAAAACAUAGGACCAUAGCUGUGUGGAGGACUUUUUUUUUUGUGGGGAUAGGCAGUACAAGUCACAGGAGGCUCUGUAGUUACUGAAGCUGCUUGCCAUGUCCAAUGUGGAUUAACACAGGUGUCACCUAUUGCCCGUUUCUUGGAUUUUGCUUCAACAGUUUACAGGUUUUAACAAAAUUCAAUUUAUGACAAGUAAUGUUUGCUUUUCACCUGGAUUUCUUGGGACAUAUUUUCAAAAAUGACUUGUCUUUACAAUCAGCUGCCAUCUUCACUCUGUGCUCCGCAUCACAGCAGGAAAUACCAACUUUAAAACCUUUUUCCAAUUUAAUGCAGGAGCCAACCAUCAGAUAAAUCUGUGUAAAUUGGCCUGACCUCUGCCCUUUGAUUGUGAACCUGCGAUGAACUGCACUCCUAAUGCCACCAUCACUCCACAGCUGGGACUAGUCCUGAGCCCAGGGCCUGGAGAUGGAGGGUCCCAGGAAGGUGGUGGUGGUGGUGGUGGUGGUGAAGGCAGCGGGGACCUUUGGGUGACAUUCCUGCUCGGUGCCACACUGAUGAUCAUGUGCGCCAUGGGUGUGGCGGGCAACACGUACACACUCAUCAUUACCCGCUCAGCCGCCUUGCGCCGGACAGGUUCCAUGUACGUUUACAUCAUCAAUCUGGCUCUAGCAGACCUGCUCUACCUCUCCACCAUCCCCUUUGUGGUCUGCACCUACUUCGCCCACGACUGGCUGUUUGGCGAGGCUGGCUGUCGCAUCCUGCUGAGUAUCGACCUCCUCACCAUGCAUGCCAGCGUCUUCAUUUUGGUUGCUAUGAGCCUGGAACGCUACCGUGCCGUUGCUAGGCCCUUCAGCGCCCACAGGUCCUCGUCCCGUAAACGAAAGCUAGCGGCAGGGAUUAUCUGGGGUUUGGCUUUUGUGCUAACGCUUCCCAUGAUGGUGAUGAUCCGACUCAGGGAGGGCAAACCAACUGCCGCUGGUUUGGUUAAGAGGAUAUGCUUCCCUACCUGGACCCCUGAGGCCUUCAAGGCUUAUAUCACAGUCCUGUUUCUUACAAGUGUUUUAGUUCCUGGAUUGGUAAUCGUCGGGCUGUAUGUGGGGCUAGCCGGCCGCUACUGGGCAGUGCAGGCUAGUUUAGGAGGUAGCAGCCGGUCUGCCCGGAGGAGAGGACUCAAACAAAAAGUCGUGUCAAUGAUCUUUAGCAUCGUAAUGGCCUACUGGGCGUGUUUCUUGCCUUUCUGGGGAUGGCAGCUAGCCAGACUGUUCUCUCCAGAGUCUCUCAAAGCUUUGUCUCCAGCUGCUCAUAAUUAUGUCAAUUUCUUUGUCACGUGUCUGACCUAUGGGAACAGUUGCAUCAAUCCAUUUCUUUACACUCUUCUGACCCGGAACUAUAAAGAUUACUUGGCCCAGAAAGGUCAGUCUGUGGGUUCAAGCAGGGCUGACCCCGGGUCAGCUGUAACUUUGCCACUGCAGGACCUUUAGUGGAUGAAUAAGUGAUUACUGAGCAUAGACACUCGAGUGAGAAAAGGUUAGUAACUGUCAAUGAGCCUAAGAGGGGACAUUUCUAGUAAUAUUGUAGGCUACAAAAACUGGAAAAUGUCCUUUUUGUGAGACACUUUGUACAGACUUUGUAAAUGCUGCAAACAUAUGCAGUACGUUGCCAGCUCUGUUGAGAAGUUUAACCAGCGCUGUUAAGGAUUUGGAGAAAUUACGCACAGCAGGUGGAUGUUUGCUAACAUGAAAGUCUGACUGCAAUUCUGGUUGGAGGGCAAACAGCACACAUGGCACAGUAUUUGAUUUGUGUUCUGUAUUAUAUAAUCUAACACUUAUCCCCACAUGUACAGUACAAAUGCCUGUCUAACAAUCUCCAAUUCUGCUGUCUUGGCAUUGAUGAUAUUAUUCUGACAAAUACAGAUUGGAUAGGAUUUUUAAACUACUGUUUAUUGGGUUUAAAUGUGAGUUGUUUUCCAAAAGAAAAAAAAAGUUUAAAUUGGCAUUGGUAGUUCUGAAAAUAUUUUGGAAUAAGAAUAAAAAAAAUAAAAAAAACUGCUUUAGUUUUUCCUUUACUCUCCUAUUUGCCAUCCACCUUACGCACCCAUAUAAACACAUACAUGUAAAGGAUAUUUCAUCUUCUUCCGUGGAAUGUGAUUGCAUCGUGCCACAUUCCUCAGCCUCGAGCCACGGCUUCUUUGAGUCCUCCUGUAAAUUGUCUCUGUAAGAAUGUACCUCGUCUCACGUCGUAUGGUCCCUCUUUUUGCAUUAUGCUAUUUUAUCCUCUAUUAUUUGCUCUAUCCUUACAGUUAAGUCCCUAUUUGGCCACAUUCAUGAUUCUUAUUUAACUUACAGUUCAGUUUAAAAAUUUUCUGCUUUGUUUUGUUCACAUAGCCAUGUGGCCAAUGUCUAAUACCAGUAUCAACAUGUCACCCUUUUGUACAAACUUGCAUUAUAAAAGUAAAUACCGCCACAGACGUCCAGAUAUAUGCAGAUAAUA